UCUCUCUCUCUCACACUCUCUUUCGCCGUUUUCCUCUUUGGCGUAUUCCGCCGUCGAGCUCAGCCCGCUGUAUUUACCUCCCUGUGGUCCCGGAGAGACUAUAAAAAAAGCGGGAGGGUGGGGGGAGAGUCCACCUGCCGGAGAGCAGACACACCUCGGGAUGGAUGCCCUCAAAUCCGCCGGCAGAGCGAUUAUCAAGAGCCCCGGAGUUCCGCGGCACACAUGGGGAACUUCAAAGCACGAAAAGCUGCCAGAGAACUGGACAGACACCAAGGAGACUCUACUGGAGGGGAUGGUGUUCAAUGUAAAGUACCUGGGUAUGACUCUGGUGGGCCAGCCCAAAGGAGAGGACAUGGCCUCAGCUGCCAUUCGCAGAAUUGUUGCCACGGCCAGAGCCAGUGCUAAGAAGUUUCGGAAAGUAACACUGACAAUCUCACCGAAGGGCAUCAUCAUCACAGACACAGAGACUACAGACCUCAUAGAAAACGUCUCCAUAUACAGAAUCUCGUACUGCACCGCAGAUAAAACUCAGGAUAAGGUCUUCGCAUACGUUUCUCAGAGUCAGUUCAAUGAGACGCUGGAGUGCCAUGCAUUUCUCUGCCAAAAGAAGAAGAUUGCUCAGGCUGUGACAUUAACGGUAGCCCAGGCCUUUAAGGUAGCCCUCGAUCUUUGGGAGAUUGCUCAGGAAGACAAAAGCAAGAAGGCGAGGACCUGCUGUUCUUGUGCAGCAAGCAACGGUCAGACAGAGACAGCAGACACUCAGUGUGUUCCAGCAGAUCCAGAGGCACACAAGCCUGUUGGGAUAGAGGAGAAGCUCCGGAGGCCCUUCUUUUCUGCUUCGCUCAGCUCGCCCUCACCUCGUAGUAACCCUACUCGAAGGCGACCAAUCAAACAUGACUCUUGGGACGUGGAGGAUGGACUCGACGAUGCGUUCUCAAGCAACAUGGAAGUAGAGGAGAUGGACACCGACUGGCCGAGUCCCGCUCCGAACCCGUCUCUGACGAUGCAGCUCUGAGUCCUCUGGAGGUCUUCCAGGAAAAUCUGUUCUAUUUGCAACAAUGAGUUUAAAUAUUAAACACCGGCAAUAGCUGCCCAACUUACACAACCACAGAAAUUCAACAGAAAUCAUACCACAGGCCCCAAGACCAACAAAAAUCACAGCACCGCAUUUAUCACUUGAACAGAGAGCAAAACAUAUCACACUUCCCGGUGCACAACCUGAAUCAGAGAGGGUCUGUUUGAUAUUCUGUGGCUGCUGCAGAUAUUAUAAACUUCUAUUUCUCUGUAUGCCUGCCUGUCGACACACUCCACUCAGUGUAAACAACCAUCUCCAGCCACCUCCUGCCAUAUUCAAAUUCCCACAAACUGCCAGAUGAAAGACGGCGCACACAGUGUCCAACGCAGCGCUGCGAGACGAGCAAGAAUUACAUAUUUCUACUCAAAGAUGAAUACCGUCUUGAAGAAAUACUUUCAAAUGUGGAUUCUAGUUAUACAUUCUGAUGAAGAUUUCCUCUGCAUCAAGAAGUUUGUGUAUAUAAGGUUGUCAUCUCAAUGUAAAAGCUCUCUAAUCUUGUCACCUGCCACUGGAGGAAGACCAGUGUUUGAAGUCAUCAGUAAAAAUGGGACAAAUCUUCAGUCAUGAUAUUAGAUGAAUUAUACGUUCAUUCAUUCAUAUCAUUCGUUUUGUUUGUGCUGAUUAAACGAAUGAAAUGGCAUGUGAUAUAGUGAUUAUACAUACAGACAUACUACCCAUUAAUUUGAUGGUAAGACUUUUAUACUUUUACUGAAGUAAUAUUUUCAAUGCAGGACUUUUACUUGUAACAGAGUAUUUCUACAUUGUGGUAUUGCUACUUUUAGUUAAAGUCC